CUCUCCCAGGUCAUCAGUAGGACCGAUAGUAGGGAGUGUCAUGGCUACCCUUAUUAUCAUCAUCCUGGUCAUUAUUCUCGUCCUCGUCAUCUUUAGAAGGACCAAACAAAGACGUUUAAACGCUGAACCAGCCGCGUCGCCACCAAAUACUGCACAAGAGACCUCUCCGAAGUAUGGGAACCCUGUAUUUGAUGACUCGGAUACCAAUACAUACCAAGAUCUUAAUACAGACACACCUAAUUACCAGAAUCGUACCGAACCCCAUACCUAUCAAGAUCUUAAGAAACCCAACAUCGACGUUAACUAUCAAAAUGUCACAAAAUCAGACCCGGGAGACACCUACGAAGAAAUAUAGAAGCAACCCAAGCGUGGCAAAGGUGUAUGUUG